UGUCAUGUCUGCUCUGCUUGCUUGAAUGGCAAUGAAUACGAUAUCGAGACAAGAAGAUAGAUCUACUACUUUCGGAUUACAUUUAAUCUAGUCUAGACGAGUCUCAGACUGAGUCGUGAGUGGUCAGUGGACUGGACUGGGUCUGGAGUGAGUGAGUGAGACUCAGACUGAGUCUGAGUACUUUGCUUGAGGUAUUGUCGCAGUGUUUAGUACAAAAUGCAGCCACAAUUCAGCACACAGAAAUCCUAUUUCAAAGAAGCUGCCACUACAUACUGAGCUAAGCCUAUGUGAUUCAACAUUCUUUUUAAAUGUUUGCGUCAAUCAUGAAUCUCCAAAGUGUUAUUUGCAAAAUUUUGCCUGAAGCUUCACAAACAAGAAUUAACUUUACAUAUCCUCAUAAUGCAAGUAAUUCUAUGAUUUGAUUAGCAAAAUAUGAGAAAUGAUAUUUCAUUACCCCCCAACCAUUCAAUGCAGUUUCACCUCACUCAUGGGACAGCCAUACAGCUGACUGAAGGGCAGACACUAGCUACCAGAAGAAAUGACACAUUCUGCGAUGGCAUUGUAUUUUUUAGUCAGCCAAUACAAGUUAACCAAAAGGUUUGCGUAGAACUGGGUUGUACUACUUCAUGGAGUGGCUCUGUCCGAAUUGGGGUCACCACCAUUGACCCAGCCAGGCUUCAUGCUGACCAGCUUCCAAAAUUUGCAUAUCCAGACUGGAUUCAUAAAGAAGAGUUUUGGAUUAGGGUGAUUAAUGAGUCCUUGACAAGCCAAGGCUGUCGGCUGAUGGUCUAUAUCAACUCUAAUGGAGAGUUACUGCUAUUUGUCAAUGGCAAUCACAAAGGAAGCCUUCUUUAUGGUUUACCUAUUCAGCAGAGAUUGUGGCUUCUUCUAGACAUCUAUGGCAAUACACUCUCUGCCAAAAUUCUUAUUCCUGAUGAGAUUCCACAGGAGAUUUUUGCAAGGGGACCCCAAGCAGUGGAAGCUUUUGAGCAGGCUUGUAUAACUGGUACACAACCUGUGUUUCGAACAAGACUUAUGCUGGUAGGCCAGGAAAGAGUUGGGAAAACAAGUCUAAUGAGGUCUUUAACUGGGGAAAGUCAUAACAAAGAUGAAGAAAGUACAAAUGGCAUCAACCUUUCAGCAUCAUGUUCCUUUAAUCUCAGCAACCGCACAUCAUGGAAACUGGCCAUCAAAGGGGACGAUACCGCCAGGAAGGAAAAGUUUGAAAACUCUGUUGAUAUUGAUGCUAGCAGUGAUCUAGAAGAGGAAUACAAUAGAGCUAUAGCAAACAAUAUUGCUCUAGAGCUUAUGGCCAUCAAAAAGAAAGAUGCUGAUAUGCAGACAGUCAUCAGAAACAUGGAAAAUAACAAAGGUAGUACUGUGAACUCUUCCUUUGCUGCCCUUGAUUCAAUCAUUGAUAAAGACAUUGUUCUAGUCUCCAAGUCUAGUCAGCAAUCUGUUCUCCAUGAGGGAGUCCCUGAUAAAAUAGCCAGCCUAGUGCAAGAGAUACUAGAUGAGAUAGAAGGCACCCGUGUAGAGCCUGCUGCUGUCUUCAGCACAGACAGGGAUCAGAAAAUUGUUCUUAACAUUUGGGACUUUGCAGGGCAAGCUGUUUAUUACACAACACAUCAGGUAUUCCUGACAAGUAGAGCUGUGUAUUGUUUUGUUUUCAACUUAUGUGAUGAACUGACAACAAAAUCCAUUGUACAACAGGAAUCAAGUAUGAGCACGUUGGAGUAUAUGGAUUUUUGGAUGAGGUCCAUACAUGCCCAUGCUGCUGAAAACACCAGGAACAAUGUAGACAACACCACCCUAGCCCCUCCCAUCUUUAUUGUGGGGACACACAGGGACAGCCUCAACAUUGAUCCAAUUGUUAGAGCUAAUAUGGUUGAUAGUAACUUUGCCAAGAUUCGUGAUUUUCUAGUUGGUAAACCCUACACCCAGCAUGUUGUUUUCCCUUUUUUUGCUAUUGAAAAUUCUGCAGAGCCUGGAGAAGAUAUACAACUGGAGAAACUAAGAGCCCACAUAGAGUUUAUAGCCAGUAAACAAAGUUACAUUGGGGAGCAGUUACCCAUCAAGUGGCUGAGAUUUGAACACGAUAUUACACAACAAGCUGAUGUUGGCAUUCAGUUUGCUACAUUUAACCAGGUGUAUGAACUAGCUGUAAACCACAACAUAACUAGCAGAUCUGAAGUUCAGGCCUUACUAACAUUCUACCAUGACCUGGGGACAUUGAUUUACUUUGGAUCUAAUAUUACCAAUGAUUACAUCCUCAAUAACACAGUGGUGCUGAACCCACAGUGGCUAGUUAGAAUGUUUCAGAAAAUCACUACGAUCAAUCCACCUGAAGAUAAGUGGAAUCUGAUGUCUGAUUACUGGAGACAGCUGGUGGAAAAUGGUGUUCUUGAAGAGAGUCUCCUGCCUUUCAUUUGGCCUGAUGCCACAGACCACCACACCUUUCUUCUGGGCCUGAUGUCCAAGUUUGACCUCAUUUGUUCUAAACUACCACCUACUGGUCAGAUGUAUCGCUAUGGAAACAAAAGUUGGUAUGUCCCAAUGAGAUUUGGUCAGUGUCAAGAUAAACACAAUGUGUAUGUACAGACUGUCCACGACGCUCUGUUUUAUAUUGAUUUCAGUGGAUUUCUUCCCAAGGGCUUGUUUCAUCGUAUGCAAGUUAAAGUUAUUCAAUGGUCACAGGAACAAGGUGGGCGAGAUCUAUAUCUAGCUCAGGGGAUUGCUCGUUUGUUUGUUGAUUCUGACCAUGAUUUAUUAAUUGAGAUGUGCCCAUCACAUUUACAUAGAAUUAAAGUUUUAGUCAUGCAUGUAAGACAUAAAGAAGCCACAUCCUCCAAUCGUAAAACUAGUCCUCUCCCAGAGGUAGUAGCAAAGAUUCGUCAUUUUCUUGAGAGCUGCCUUGAAGAUCUGCGAGUCAUGUGGAUGAAACGUCUUGCUUAUAAAAUGUUCUUUGUUUGUCCAUGUGAUAAAGUAUGCAUUGUACACAACCAGGAGUCUUGUAGUUCAGAGGACUGCUUUCACUUCCUAGAUUUGAAUGAAUGCCUUGCUAAUCAGAUUGUUUGCUGUGAACACAGGCGUAUUAAAACUGAGUCUUUCAAAAGAUGGUUUCCUGCCUUAAAUUCUUCUGAAUUUAGAGAACCAAUAUUAGCUCCCUUGUCAAUUGACAAAGGUCUUGGGAAUGUAGAACACAAUUUUCCCAGUCUGCCAAGUUGGCUGAAGGGAGCUGCUAAACUGCUGAAUGGUGCAGCAGACAACCAGGGAUGGUUUGCUUUAGCUCGACUCAUGGGUUAUAAACAGAACCGAAUAGAUCUCUUCAAUGAAGAUUUGAACCCAUCCCUUGCACUGCUAACUGAUUGGAUUGUGACUUCUGGCAACACAACGAUGUCUGUGGAUGUUUUACUACAUUAUUUACAGCAGCUUGGGUGUGUUGAAGUUCUGGAUGUGAUAAGUAGAGCCAAAGAAUUUGAGUUUGACAGACCUCAAGUGUUUCUUAGCUAUCAAUGGGACAUGCAGGAUGAGGUGUCUUUACUGAGGGACUACCUUGAGAGAUGUGGCUACUCUUGUUGGAUGGACAUUGGUCAAAUGGGGGCUGGCGAUCAGUUAUCCAACAAAAUUGAUCAAGGUCUUCGAGGAUGCAAAGUUGUUAUAGCAUGUAUAACACCCAAGUACAUAGCAUCACACCUAUGCAACAGAGAACUCUGGCUAGCUGACAUGUUACAUAAACCCAUCAUUCCUGUUGUCUUGGAGAUGGUCAGCUGGCCACCACCUGGUGCAAUGGCAGUCAUUCUCUCUCAGCUGGUCUAUAUAAACAUGAAGGGAGUUGGAGGUCAUGGAGGUACUGGUAUCCAUGCUGACCUAAUGGACAAGUAUAGUGAAUUGAGACAGAGAAUAUCUCUGUAUGCCAAGCCAGACCUCACUCCAUGUGUGGACAGCACUUUCUGGCCACCUCAGCAGAAGCCAGUGUCAGAUUUGACAUCUGAGAGAAUAUCAGGAUACAGAACCAGCAUGAGUUCCCUGAGUGAGCUCGACUUUCACCAUAGACAAACUAGCCAUUAUGAGCCAUCACUAGAAGUGACAGUAUCACGUUUCAGUGAGCCUUUAGUGACAACAUCUCAUGUUGACAGAAACCAAACAAACAUUAGCAUGAACCAGCCAACUCAAUAUGGUAGGGGCUUUGACCACAGCUAUCCUCCAGUGACUCAAGCAAAUGUAAAAAAAUGUGCAGUUUGUAUUGUUUUGUAAUUAUUACUGCCUGAAUUGGAAUUGCAGCAGAUCUUUGGUGUCUGCAUUAGAUUUUGUGACCACAAUAUGAUGUACAAUGAUUUAUAGGUCCAUUAUAUUGAUGUCAAUAUAUAAAUAUAUACAUACUAUUUAGUAGUGUCAGCAGUGGUAACUACAGCAGCUUUCUAGUGCCUGUUAUGAUUGUGUAUAUAAAAAAAAGAUGAAAUCCACAGCAGUCCAUUAGUGCCUCUGUGUCACGGUAUAGCAGCUGGAUACAAACAUUCUCAGACAUUGAGUGCCUCUGAGUGCUGUUUGGGCUUGUUUAAGUUAAGGGAAAUAGGAUUUUGAUGGAUGGUGUGUGAUCUACAGGGAUUGCACUACCAGCCUAGUGCCUCUGUACAUAUUAAUAGACCUAAAAAUUUAUGGCACAACACAAUCUAGAAAAUUGUUGACCCACUUCUGUUUGUUCCUCUUUGUGUACUCUAUUGGUGUUUGAUGUACUGACCAGUUUCUGGUAAAAACAUUUGGAAACAAAAAUGGUUGUAUUGGUAUUAAAUUAUAAACUGAUUGGCUUCAAUAGUUCAGUUCAGAAUGUCCAAUGGAAGUGGCUGUCUAAAAUUGUUCCUUUGUUGAUAAUAAUUGCUUUUAAUUUCAACCUGUAUAAAGUUCAAUGUGAUAAUUUUGUAUAGCCCUUACUUUGUUUGCUGCCAGUCUUAUUGUUGAUGAAUUGAACUUUCAAGAGCACAUUUUAGUUUUGAGAUAAGACUGUGCAUUAUUACAACUGGUUAUUUCAUCUUUUAAUGCUGAUUGUUGAUGCCUAUGUUCAUAUUUAAUUUUAAAAACAUUAGGAUAGAUAGACUUUCUAUAAGAAGCUGUUUGUAAAAGCUUGAAAAGUACAAACUUGUUUUAAUAACUGUUUCUACAUAAAUGUACAUACAAUAUGCCUGUGGUGCCCAAACGUAUAUGGCCCUGUAAAUUUCAGACACUUGUCAUCGACCACAUCACCGAUUCAAUACAAAAGAAGAAAAGCAAUUUCUGGCACCAUCAGUAUGAGUAUGAUGGCUGAAAUUUCUUUGAACAUGUCUGUACCAGUAGUGUUCCAUGCAUGCCUCUCAAAGCUGCUAACUCUUCUGUAAUUUUAAAAUUGCUUUUUGUACUGUUAAUAAAUACCAAUAGUUGACUACUGUCAAAAUGCUCUGUACUCAUCAGUUGUAAUAGAAAAUACUUUGAAAGAAAGCUGUGUUCCUCAGUUUUGAAAGGACAUUUCCCUCAUCUUCCAUUGGUCUUCUAAUUGUCAUGUGACAAAGGCUGACGACUUCAAAUGGAUUCUUUUAUUUCAGUACCCAUUUCCUUCACCAUGACCAACAAGCACUUUUGUACACAUUUGAUUUGAAAUGUUGCUUCCCUUCUCUUCUUUAAUUGUGAGCAACUUGGUAGCAACUUGGCUAUUUUGUGCAUUGCCAGCUGAACCAAGAAUGUUGCCUUUCUUGGUACUGUGCUUUGUUUCAUAAAACAAUUUUAUGUUAAAUUCCUUUUUCUUUCUAAAUUAAACACAGUCAUGUUGCACAAAAAAGUAAUGAUCUAUUCCCUUGCCUUAGAAGUUUUAAAACUUAAUUUUUUCUUUUGUCCUUCAGUUUCCUCAACUUAGAAAUAGCUGUCUACUCAACUUAGAAAUAGCUGUCUACUCAACUUAUUGUUCUAAAGGUUGAGUUCCCUAACAAUGCUAACAAUCUUGAAUAUUAAGAAAUGACAAAUAAAAUCCAUUCAAGAAAGAUUGAGAGAUGCCCCAAUUUAAAGAAAGAUUUUUUUAAAUAUUUGAAACAUUUUCUGCAACUGGAUUUCAAGAAGAUAGAUAGCAAUGCAUCACUGGCUGGUUGUGUCCUGUGGGCCGUAGUUUGGGCAUCACUGCAAUGUAAAACUUUUUUUUUUAAAACACUAUAGUACCCCUAUUGCAUUUAAGGAAAGGAAAGAUAUGAAAUUUUCCUUCUAACAAGAGUUAAUUUUCUUGGAGAGUUAAUAAUGUUUACUAUUUGACCUCUGAAUACACGCAUUGCAUGGCCUGAUAAAUCAGUCAUUUGUACUAUUAAUUGGAAAUAAUGAGUUUUUCUUAGUUUAAAGCUUGUAUUUCUUUUAAUGCAAUUUCGAAAUGAUAUAUAUUUAUAAUUGUGUGCUAACUAAAUUAACUCAAGUACAAGGGCAGUAACUUGGCAGUGCUGUCUGGAGGCUAGUAAUUUCUUGUCAUAAUAUUUAAUAGAGUGCCAAAACAUAACUUGUCAAGGGCACUACUUACUGUAUGGCUGCAACAGGAUACACAUGUUCUGUAUAAUUGUUAUGAUAAAAUUGUUCUUAUUUAGGGGACAUAAAAACCAAUCAGUAUUGUGAAUCACUUUGUUUCAAUGUUAAUGUUAUCUACGUCCUUGCAACAAGAAGAUACAACUGAUGCCAUAUCAAUUUAAUUGUAAUUUGAAUGUAUAACUAAUGCAGCAUAAAAGAUUUGAUUCAAGUUUGCUAUCAACUGGUAUUUAUAGAAAAUCAUGUGUACACUGUUCUUUAAUGACUAAAACAACCUAAGUACUGUAUUUUGUGGUUUAUGGAUUGUUGUCUGAUAUUUGAAUGAACUUUUUAUUUUAAUUUAGAAGAAAUGAAAACUGUGCUUGGUUUCUUCAAACUAUCAAGACUUGGGUUCAGUUGUUCAGUUAGAAUAGAGUUCUUUCCAUUGUUUGUGCCAUUUAUUCUUUCAAUAAUUGUUAUGAAUUUAUUACAUUAGUUUGUGUCAGUUUGUUUUAGAUGAUGCUCUUGUCUAUCUGGUUUAUGCUCUUGUUUAUGUUAACUAAACUUUGUAUGUAAAGAGUGGAACUCAUUACAUUUUUCCAUCAUUCAGACAUGUUUUAUGUGUGCAAGGAAUUGUUGCACCUGCUUCAUUUGUUUUUUUGAAAGAAGUGUUGCUUUUGUGUAUGUCAGAUGUAAUAAAAUACAGGUCUGUUAGGAAACUGUAGACAAACACAUCUUGACCUGAGAAUGAAGUCCAUUUUCUUGUGUCUUGAUAGCAAAGCCUUGUCUAACAUUAAAUAAUACAGAGUACUAGUUAGAAUAUUACAAAGAUAAUCUAAAAUUAGAUCUCAUUUGUAAAUAAAGUCAAACAAAGUCUUGGUAGAGCUGGUCCUACGGGAUUCCAGCUUCUUUUGCCUUAAGGUAGCCUGUUAGGCAUCCAGAUAGGUGAACAACAGAUAGGAAAACUUAUCUCCAUAUUGUUACCAGGGCAUUUAAUGCAAUGGUAACUAAGUCCUGGGGUUGGAAUGCAAGAUAGACCUGGUAGUCCAGCCCAAACAAGGUUAUACACCAUUCUGCAAGGUAGUCGCCAUCAGUGUCCUGUCAGCUGAAGUGUCGAUCUUUCCAUUGUUUAAGGCGUCACAGUGUAGGACUGUGAUGAAGUUCCUUGUAGUGGCACUGCCUCUGGCCUUUUUUAGUGUUACUUUUUUUACUCUUCUACCUUACUUUAAUCUGUGAACUAUUUGUUUCUGACAUCAUCAUCAUCUUUGUUAUGUCCCUUUCUUAAUAGCCUUGCACAAGUGAUCACAUACAUUCCACUGGUUCCCUUUCCCCAAUACCUAGUGAAUUGAUUAGAAACUGAUUUUCUUCAUUUCAUAGACUCACUUUCUUCUUGCUUGUCUAUUUAUCUCUUAAAAACUUCUCUGUAUGUCUAUUCCUAUUCCUAUUCCUAAAGAUAACUUGAUAAGGAAUUCAUUCCUCAUUCACAUAAGUUUAGAAUAAUAUUGACAUUCUUGUUUAUAUCGUACCUUCAUGAAGAGAAAGCUCAAAGUAUUUCUUGAUGUUAAUUGUGUCUUUUGACUUUAGUCUAAAUGGAACAUUUUGUUCUAUAAAUGUUCACAAUGUUCUUGUAUGUCUUAUGUUUUUGAAAGUGCCAGUACUUUAGAAUAAGCUUGUAACAAUAGCCUUUUUUACUCAGUCAUUAUCAUUGAGUUUUAUAGUAGAGAUCUUUAGAAUGAGCCUUAUUCUUAUUGUUUUAAUUACAUGAUCUAUCUAAAUAUAGAAUGUUUUCAUAUUUUUCAAAGCUUAUAUCAGCUCAGACUGUCUGUCUGUCUGGUAAAAAGUUUGUACAUGUUAGUUCUCUAACCCUAUCAACCUAUCUCGGAUUAGGUUGAAAUUUUGCAACAUUUUUUCUUUUACCUGACAACACUAGAAUCAAUAUAAAAAAUUAAUCAGUUAGUUAACUAACUAUUGGUAAUUAAUUAUUUUAUUUGGUAUCUUGAACAAGGGUAAGAAUUGUACUUGACUCAAGUGAUGAUAUAAGCUGAAUUAGAAUAAGUCCCCUUUAUAGGUCCAAACCUGGGUCCUAGGUUCGAAUCUUGGUGAAGACUGGGAUUUUGAAUUUCAGGAUUUUUAAGGUGCCUCAGAGUCCACCCAUCUCAAAUGGGUACGUGACUUUAGUUGGGGAAAAUAAAGGCAGUAGAUUGUUGUGCUGGUCACAUGAUGCCCUGCUCGUUAAAAGUAGGCCAAUGAAACAGAUGACCUUAAAAUCAUCUUCCCUAUAGAAUGCAAGGUUUGAAAGGAGAACUUUACUUUUUCUUUAUAGGUUGCUGCUUUAAAGUAAGUUCUUCUAUUUACUUAAUCAUUUUACUAGCAGAGUGGCUAGUAUGUCAGCUUGUGGAGGGGUGACCCAUGAGUUUGAAUUCAGGUUAUUCCUCUUUUUUUUUAUUUUUAAUAAAUGCUUUUAAAAAGGGAUUACGGUAAAAUUCACCCAGAUCUCUCUAUUUUCCCCUUUCCCCCCUAAGUCCCAACUGGUCCAAACAAGUGAUAGGAUCAUAGUGUAUUGAGAAAGUGAUAGGAUCAUAGUGUAUUGAGAAAGUGAUAGGAUCAUAGUGUAUUGAAAAAAUGAUAGGAUCAUAGCGUAUUGAAAAAGCUAAAAGCAUGAAAUAGCACCAAACAAAAACAAUUGGUAAAAGUAUUUCUAAUUGCAGAUUUGUUGUUGUUGGUCUAGAUCUAUUACAAAUUUAAUGACAUGACUGAUUCAAACCAAGUGAUGUAACUAUAUAUAGGCUUUGUGGGUUUUUUUUUCUUUAUAUAUAUUUUUUGACAGAUGACAAAUUUGAGUAGUGAGAAUCUUGAAUUGUUAAGCAGUAUCUAAAUGAUGUGCCUGGCCAUUGGGGAUGUUGAUUAUCAUGGAAUUUUAUGUUAUAAAUUAGUCAGCCAUUUUGUCAGGGGAUCAUAUUUCAAUAUGUCUGUGAUGCCAUUGAAGAUAUAUAUUUCAGCUGAUUUUAUACAUUUGUAUAUUGUGGUCUACUAGUUUUAAGCAUUUAAAACAAAUAUCUUUGAUUUUUUAAAUUUAUUUAGUGUUGUGCUCUCCCUUGUUGAAUGUAAUCUGUUCUAAGAAAAAACAAACAAACAAGAAAUAAAAAGAGAUCAACUUCAGA